AUGGCUGAGGGCGCUGGAGGCAUUGACCGCAAGGCGGAUGAGAGGAUGGAGUUUUCCACCUCCAAAGAGGUGACGGUGCACCCGACUUUCGAGGCCAUGUCGCUGAAAGAGAACCUCCUCCGCGGCAUCUACGCUUACGGCUAUGAAUCCCCCUCCGCCGUCCAGUCGCGAGCCAUUGUCCAGAUCUGCAAGGGACGCGACACCAUCGCGCAAGCCCAGUCCGGCACGGGAAAGACAGCCACCUUCUCGAUCAGCAUGCUGCAAGUUAUUGACACGGCCGUGCGCGAGACCCAAGCUCUUGUCCUGUCCCCCACACGAGAACUGGCUACUCAGAUCCAAUCGGUUGUCAUGGCAUUGGGCGACUAUAUGAACGUGCAGUGCCACGCCUGCAUCGGUGGCACCAACGUUGGGGAGGAUAUUCGCAAGCUCGACUACGGCCAGCACAUUGUUUCGGGCACACCAGGACGGGUAGCUGAUAUGAUUCGACGACGCCAUCUUAGGACGAGGCACAUCAAGAUGCUCAUCUUGGACGAAGCAGAUGAGCUCCUUAACAAGGGGUUCCGAGAGCAAAUCUACGACGUCUACCGCUACUUGCCACCGGCGACGCAGGUCGUGGUCGUCAGUGCCACCCUUCCCUACGAUGUUCUUGACAUGACUACCAAGUUCAUGACCGACCCUGUCCGAAUCUUGGUCAAGCGAGACGAACUCACGUUGGAAGGACUGAAGCAAUACUUUAUCGCCGUGGAGAAGGAGGACUGGAAAUUCGACACUCUGUGCGACCUUUACGACACUCUCACCAUUACCCAAGCCGUCAUCUUCUGCAACACACGCCGCAAAGUUGACUGGCUUACGGACAAGAUGCGCGAGGCCAACUUUACCGUCAGCUCCAUGCAUGGUGAUAUGCCUCAGAAGGAGCGUGACAGCAUUAUGCAAGACUUUCGACAGGGAAACAGCCGAGUUCUCAUCUCGACAGAUGUGUGGGCACGUGGUAUCGAUGUGCAGCAGGUCAGUCUAGUUAUCAACUACGACUUGCCAAGCAACCGAGAAAACUACAUUCACCGAAUUGGUCGUAGUGGACGAUUCGGCCGCAAGGGCGUGGCCAUCAACUUUGUGACCACGGAAGAUGUGCGCAUCCUCCGAGACAUUGAGUUGUAUUACUCAACUCAAAUCGAUGAGAUGCCGAUGAAUGUCGCCGAUCUCAUCUCAUAA